GUAGCCGCAACUUGGAAUCAGUUGAGUUUUAAGCUUCGAUGCGUUCGGUUCGCUAUUCCCGAUACGGCGUGAUUCUAAAAAAAAACACGGUUUGGUGCACUCUAAACUCGCAACGAUCCCAAAAAUUCGACAAUCGGAGUGCUAAGUGCUCGGAUUUUUUGACCAAAACAUAAUUGUGAGAAUUGAGAAACUUGAUUAGUGUCAUUUUUUGAUUUACUUCGGAUUUUUUUCGGAUUUGUACUGAACACACAUUUCUGGCGAUUAAAAGAUCCACGAACAUCUUUAUUCACGUGCCGAAGCCACAAGUUGUUGAUAGAUAACUCACUGGGCAAACAACAAACACGACCCGAAGACCCAAGAAACCCGUCGUCGAGCAACCGAAAACUGAAAACAAGAAACAAACAAACCCAAAACUCUUGUCUGGCAUUUCAUUUGCUUGGAUCGCGUUACGUGGUGCGGUUGAUGUUGGUCGUCUGCCCGCCAAAAAGAAAGUCACGACAGAAACGAGAUUUCCAAGAUUCUGCAACGAAAGUCAAAGUUACAAGUUUACUCCAAAUUCGAGUCUUUUUGGCCCGGUUCAACGUCUUUGCAACACAUUUUCGGUGUCUGCCCGUGUGUGUGCCACUUUAGAAAGUGAAAAUCGAGUGCAGUCCGCUACUUUGUCUGGAAUCGAACUCAUCUGAAUCUCAACCCAUCGGCGGCUGCAGUUGAAAGUGAAUUUGUUUCGGGCUGCAAGUGAUCACCAUUUUCGUGAUUCGAUUUUUGUGGUGUUGUGAAUUCAUCACUAUCGAUCAGUAGUAGCCCGGGGUUUUCGGCUACUUGAAUCCACUUCACAUCCAUCGACAGGAGAUUUGACCGGCAAAUCGGAGUGGCAACAAUGGAGGCCGAGGAAGUUACAAAACUCGUCGAUGGCGUGUAUCGGAACAUACUGGAUAGAUUCAAUCCGGGUGCCAGGCAGCUGAUCGCAGCGGGCAAAAGUUACCUCAAGGCGUUGCACGGUGCCGCAACCGCCUCGCGUCUAUUCAAUGAAGCAUUGGCCAAGAUUGCGAUGAACGCCCAGCAAAGCGGAACGGGCGAUAUUGGUUCAGCUUUGAUGAGCGUUGUGAAUGUGAACAAGGAGAUACAGGAUCAGCAGAUGAAUAUUCUAAAAGCCUUCUACGUGGAUCUAUUGGUGCCAUUGGAGACAAAUCUGGAGAAGGACACAAAGGUGGUGCAGCAUGAGCAGAAGAAGUUCCUGCAGCAGCACAAGGUGCGAAUGGAGAGCUACCAGAAGGCCGUCUCCACGAUGAAGAAGCAGCGCAAGAAAAAGGCCACGCCCGAGAACACCGAAAAGGAGCUUAGGAGCCUUCAAUUGCUCGAGGAUCAGAAGAAAAAGCUGGAUGUGUUCUGCGAUCAGAGCUACAAGAAUGCCAUGACACAGGAGCGACGACGGUACGGAUUCGUCUUGGAGCGCCAGUGCUCGAUCGCCAAGCACUGGAUGGUCUACCACACCACCGGCAAGACGGUAAUUGAUAAUAAUUUCGAAAAUUGGCAAGAGAUUGCCGCUUCUCGUGAGAUCAUUCCACCGGCCGCCUAUGAAAGUGGAUACAGUACCAGCAACGGACACAACAACAACAACAGCAGCAGCAGCGGCGGCAACAACAACACCAGCGGCAACAUGCGACGCCUGGAACGAAUUAAGGACGGCGAGGAUGACCACCUCCAGGGACACGGAGCUCAGCUAAAGAAGUCGCGCAGCAUCGAUGCCCCCUAUGGUGAUAUGCGCACCCUGCACGAACGGGAGAACCUUUCCGGAUUGGGCGGAACUGGACCAGCGCACUAUGCCCAGAACUCGUUGCCACGCGCCAAAUCUGAUUUCAAUCUGGCUUUAGUGGGCACUGGACAGAGCUCAGCCAACAAACACAAGAUCAUUGAGGAGCAGCUGGCCACUCUGGGCGACGAUCAGCGCGGUGACCAGCGUCCAUUGGUGAAGGCCCUCUACGCCUACAUGCCCUCCGGCGAGAAUCAGUUGUCCUUCGAGGAGGGCGACCGCAUUGCUCUGGUGGGUGGAAAGGCCAAGGGCUGGCAGUUCGGUGAGAAUCUGCGGACACAGCACUUCGGCUGGUUUCCGGUGGCCUACACCAAUGCGGAAGUGGCAGAGGCGACCACUUCCGGCGGCCGGCGAUACGAAAACAUGCUGAUGAGCUAUGAGCGAAAUGGUGGCGGAUCGGGAUCCGGUUCUGGCGGAGGCGGUCUGCGCAGCUAUCAGCAGCAGCAGGAUUACGAGGCGCAGCUGGAGCUAAUGGAGAGCCAUGAGGCAACGUACCGCAGGCGAAGGAACCACAGUGCCGAGGAGUCAUCACCCACGCGGAUGUUCGGCGACACAAUCAAGCAGCAGAAGAAGUACCGCCCCGGAUCCGGGGCCAAUCCGCGCCCGGGUCCGCCACCCACACUGCCCGCUCCGGUGCCCAAUGGACCGCAGAGCCAGUCUUCCAGGAUGCUGAACAGCUCUCAAAGCUUCUGUGCCUCCAACGGAGGAGUGAAUGCGGCGGUGGAAAGACGCAAACAAAAGCUACUAAAUGGCGUUCAGAGCUCUAAACAUCCAUCGGGCAAAUCCGGAGUGGCGGCCAAGACCUCGCUGCACAGCAGCAAUGACAGUGGAUUCGCCAACGAGCCUCCACCACAGCCGGAAGUUGACUAUUCGGAUGAGGAGCCAGCCACACAAAGAGUGGCCAUUCGACGCCGGGCGGACACCAAUUCGCAUACCAACACGGUGCCGAGGGAUGUGGCCUCGUGGACGUUGAACCGGAACUUCCGGAAUAGCGUCGAUAGUCAGAUCGACGACAAGAGCCUGCACCGGCUGAGCCGGCAGAGCGGAGGAGUGGGAAAGAUGCGAUACGAUCUUAUUGCCUCCGAUGACGAGAUUCUGCAGGCAUCCAGCGCCGGUCUGAAGCGCACCAAAUCGUUCUGGAAAUUUGGCGGCGGACGCAAUGGCGAGGAUAUACUGGCCGGCAUGUCUUUGUGGCAACACCGCGACCUGGUGGCGGCACCAAAUCUGGAGGAGAUGCGCGAUCGUGAUGACUUGGAGCGGCGUUUGGAGGAGGAUCGCAAUGGCACACUGACCAAGUCGCAUAACUCCAGUUCCUCGCAGGAGAAGCGCGAACGGAAGGACAGCCUGACCAGCACCGAAUUGUAUGGCGAUGAGGAUGAGAAUAUCUACGGAGUGAGUCCACAGCAACCGCCACUGCAGCAACAGCCGCAGCAGCAUCAGCAGCAUCAGCAGCAACAGCCGCAGCAGCACAGGAGCAGCUAUACUCCCAAGUCCCGCAUGAAGAUCAUGAAGACCAUUGAGAUUGACAUUGAGGAGCCAACGGAGGCGGAGCGUAUGAGCACCAUGCGACGCGGUCAGUCGCAGGAUCAGCAGCAUGUGCAGCAGCAACAUCGAAAGUUGGACAAACAGGUCUCCGGCACCGGAUCCCAGCACAAAUCCCUGACUUUGAGUCGCACCAAGAGCAACCAGCAGCAGCAGCAGCAGCAGCAGUUUCCACUAUCCACGGAUGAGGGUGAAAGCGAUGAGCACGGAACUCUGAAGCUCAGCGAUGUGAACAACUUCUUUGACGGCGAGGGCAAGAACAACAGCCAUGGCCAUGGACUGGUCAUGAAGACGGUGAAGCGACAGGACAUACUCAAGCAGUAUUACACCAGCGAGGAUGAGGAGGAUUCCGAUGCGGAACUCAAGUCGACUAGCUCCGAUCCGUACGAUUGCAUCGUGAUCAAUGAUCACCUGGUGCGCAAGGACGACAAGAUGCGGCGCCAUCACCAGCAGCAGCAUCAGCAAAUGGAGUUCCACACCUUCCGCUCCUCCACAUCCACGACGGCGACCAAUACGCUGAAAAAGAGCUCAUCCAAGGACCAGGACAGCACAUUGACCCGCAAUUCGACGGCCAGUUCGGGAGCUCCGACGGCUACCAUCCUGCCGCGAACACGCCUGCUCAAGUCCUCCGCCUCCGCCGGUAAUAACAUCGGCAACAGCAGCGCCACCUUGGAGCGGAACUCAAAGGGCCUGGCCGGAAACAAGAGCUACGGACCAUGGUACGACUUCUGGGAUCAGGAACAGCAUGGCCAGAAGUCCGCGAGUGCCAAGCUGAAGUAAAGAAAGGAUUAGGGAUCGGUGCGUGUAUGAAAUAAUACAAUAAUUUCGCCGUCUUCUUACCGGAUAAGAAAAUGCGCAGAGAGAGAGAGAGAGAGUGUGAAAGUGGAGGGAAAGUGCGGCUGGGGAAAGGAUAAGUUACGUAAGAGUGAUCCCCAGCAUCCCAAACCUUUUCCAGUUCGCCUUGUCUCCUCCUUCCUUCGAAUUAAGCAUUAUUUACCCUGUAUAAUUUCUUAGUUUAGCCUAAGGCAAGUUCUGUUUUGUUUGUUUUAUGUACAUAUCUUAAAUAUUACUCUUAAAAGCUAUUGCAAUUUUGUGUUUUUGCCAACGAUGGCAAUGGAAAAAUGCCAACCCAUUUCUGUACAUGCCAGAGGAAACUUUCUAGAACAAGGACCUCUCCAUUGAACAUUCAAUCCUUUGAGCUUCGGUGCCUGCAUGCAUAUCAUUAAAUGUAUUUUGUUUAAGACUAA